GCUCUGCGGACACUACGGUAGCGGCGCGAUGCAUUGUGGGACACGGAGCAAGAUGGAGGCGGCCUCCGGCAGCGUGAUGAAGAUCCAAUAACAUUUGUCUCAAAGCUUCAAACAUCCGCACGAGGGUUGAACUCACACUCAGGUGUUACAAGAAUAAAGCGACUGAACCCGAGAGAAGCUGCUGAUCAGCGGGGAAACAGAACACGUGGGACAUGUCUGUGCUGGGAGGUCUGCUGAGAGCUGGAGCGACCUUCUGUCAGUCUGCUGCCAGGAGCUUUUCCACAGGCACGUGCUGCCAGAUCAGGAUGCAUGCCAUCCCUCAGCUGAAGAGGGUGGACAGGUGGACUGAGAAGAGGAGCAUGUUUGGAGUUUAUGACAACAUCGGCAUAUUAGGAGAUUUUAAAGCUCACCCCAAAGACCUUAUUUUGGCCCCCUGCUGGUUGAAGGGUUUCAAAGGUAAUGAACUGGAGCGUCUAAUUCGUAAAAAGAAGAUGGUGGGAAACCGAAUGAUGACUUUGGAAAAACACAACCUGGAGAAGAGGAUCAGUUUCCUCUACAAACACUUCAAUCGCUUCGGCAAACAUCGCUAACGUCAACAGACGUCAGACCAGCUGAUAAGGACUGUUUGAGUCAUGUUCUCACUGUGCCGCAGAUAUUUCCAUUUGUAUAAGUUAUGUGAUCUAUUUUCAAUCAUUUUUUGAUUGAGCUUGGCUUUGUUAAUAAUAAUGAUUAAUUAUGAUUUCUUUUUUUCAAGCACAAAACACAUUGUAUACAAGCCUGAAAAUACAUUAUAAAAAUGGAUUGGAGAAGAAA